ACGAAGCUAGAAAUCAAGCCAUCUCUACUGAGGCUUAGCCUAUCUCGGGCUGUUCUUUGAGGCAUCUCCCCUUUGAACCGAUUCAAAACCGUCCGUGUGAAUGAAUAUUCAAGGAUCGGGCGUUAAGCGUUAGCGAACCGCUUUGCAGCGUGACGCUUCGUCUCGGAAGCUUCGAGGGAGCCGGGAAAUAAGCUACGGGCGCUUCCUGCGGGGCAAGGGAGAGAUGCGAGGCGCAGUCGCCUCGCUCCGGGGUACUCCAGCGAUUCACAAGUACAGGCAGCCGCCGGCACGGAAGGGACGUCAGGGAGGCGGCGCCGGCAGAAAGCUCUGCCUCGCUUGUCUCCUGCGAGGAGCGGGGUAACGGAGGGGGCGGCACGGCCACCCCGCCGCCCUGCGCGGGGCCCGAGAGAGGCGCUUCACUCUUCCUUGGCGUCCUCGGGAGGCCGUCCGGCGCCGGCCUCCCGAGUGGCUGCUCUCCUUUGUGGCCUCGCCGCGCCUCGUGGUGGGUGAUCGGGCUGCCUUCUUUCGCGGAAAGGCGGCCGGGAUGGUCGGGAAGCGUAAAGGGGCAGCGCAGGUGCCGCGGUCCAGCAAGAAAGUCAAGGGACAGCGUCCAGCCGCCGCCGCCGCCGCCUCCUCCUGCCCGGGUCGGAGAACUUGUGAGCAGCUAGACGAUGAUUUUGAAGAUGAAAAACCUGAGAAGACAAAUAGGCUCAAAGUUUCAUCUGGAAAAAAGAAAAAAAAAGUCCCUCAGCCACUUCGUAAAAAUUCCAGCCAAAAAGGACCAAAACGCAAAGUGAAGGAGGAAACGAAUAGAGGUAUUGAAAGUCAAGAGUCCUUUCCAAAAGCAGGAAAAUGCAGCGGUUUGCAGAGCACUCCUUUAAAGAAAGAGACGGAUGCAAAAAAAGCAAUUAUUACAAAGAGAGAAGAAGAUGAGGAUGAGGAAAGUGAGGAAGAAUGGGAAGAUGUGGAAGAACUCUGUGAGCCUGAGGCAGAGAUGCUGAAAGAAGUUAUGGCACCAAAGCUGCCCAACAAAACUGUUGAGAUAGAAAUUGAAACACCUGAACAAGCAAAUAAAAGAGAGAGAAGAGAGAAACAGCAAGCUGAGUUUGAGACAUAUCUCCGUCGAAUGAUGAAACGCUUCAACAAAGAAGUCCGCGAAGAUACACAUAAGGUUCACUUAUUGUGCCUGUUAGCCAACGGUUUCCACAGGAACAGGAUCUGCCUCCAGCCAGACCUUCAAGCUAUUGGUCUUUCUAUCAUUCCCAUUCGUUUCACCAAAGAACCUGUAGGUCGCAUCAACCGUCUGUUUCUGUCAAAUCUUGUAAAUUGGUUUACUGCAACUUUCACUGUCAACAAUGAGCUCUCCAACAAUGAAGAUUGGCAGGUUACUCUAGAGAGGCGUUUUGCUGUCUAUGCUGCACGAGAUGAGGCGGAACUGGUGCAUAUAUUUUUACUUAUUCUUCGAGCGUUGCACCUACUAUGCCGACUUGUAUUGUCUUUACAACCCAUUACCCUGAAAGAGCCAUCUGGGAAGGGAAAGACCUCCAAGAGAGGCUCCAUUUUGGUAGCUUCUGGGACAUUGCCUGAUUCUGCCAAAAGCUCUGUGGUUGCAUCAAGAAAACGCACAGGAGCAGACACUCCCAAGAAGCCAAACCUCUCUAGGGCCAAAAGGCUAAGAAAGCAAUCUCCAGUACAGAGGGAUGUUCAGAAAGAUACAAAAUCUGAGAAUGAUAAGAGGAGCUUGAGGGCAAAAGAGGGGCUGGGGAGGCCUAAAAAUGACCGACAACGGCAAGUGGCCUCAAAAGUGUCAUAUAAAGAAGAGAGUGGAAACAGUGAGGAUAAUGAUUCUGAAUUCUGUCCUUCGGAGGAAAAUGAUGACAGUAGCAUAUCUGAUGAAGAUUUUGAAAUUCCCAGAAAAAAACUGAAGUCACCACUAGGAACCCCUAAAACAAAAGUAGCUGUUAAAAAGAGGCAACAACCAGUGUCUUCUGGGUCAAAAAGAUCCAAGAACUCAGAAAUAGUUGGUGGUUUGGUAGAGAAAACAGUAAGUCCAUGUUCUUCAAACCUAUCCAGGAAGAAAAACAAAAUAAUUUCUAGUGAUGAUGAUGAAGAAGAAGAGCAGAGGUCAGUUAUAUUGAGAGGCACAGACCAGUGGGUAGAGGUUUUUCUUGAACGAGAAGACCGGUGGGUAUGUGUGGACUGUGUUCGUGGCAGUGUUGGACAGCCUCUGCUAUGCUUCAAGUAUGCCUCAAAGCCAGUGUGCUACAUCAUUGGCAUUGACGACAAUGGAUAUGUAAAGGAUGUAACACAAAGAUAUGAUCCAGCAUGGAUGACGUCAACAAGGAAAUGUCGUGUGGAUGCCCAGUGGUGGGAAGAUACCUUGGCACCAUAUAAAAGUUAUUUUGUUGAACGAGAGGAAAAAGAAGAAAGAGAGUUUCUAGCUAAACUUCAAGAUCAGCCUUUGCCAAGAUCCAUCAGUGAAUACAAGAAUCACCCGCUUUAUGCCUUGAAGAGGCAUCUCCUUAAGUAUGAGGCCAUUUAUCCUGAGACAGCUUCUAUUCUAGGAUAUUGCCGAGGGGAGGCCGUGUAUUCCAGAGACUGUAUCCAUACGCUGCACUCCAAGGACACUUGGUUGAAGCAAGCUCGGGUGGUGAGGAUUGGAGAAGUGCCUUAUAAGAUGGUUAUAGGUUAUUCCAACCAAGCAAGAAAAGCACGAAUGGCAGAACCUGCAAAUCGGGACAAAAAAGAUUUGCCAUUAUUUGGUCUCUGGCAGACCGAGGAAUACCAGCCACCUCUGGCUGUUGAUGGAAGGGUUCCUCGGAAUGAAUUUGGGAAUGUCUAUCUCUUCCAACCCAGCAUGUUACCCAUUGGCUGUGUGCAGCUAAAGCUUCCUAACCUUCAUAGAGUGGCCCGUAAACUGGACAUUGACUGUGUUCCAGCUGUUACAGGAUUUGAUUUUCAUGGUGGUUACUCUCACCCUGUCACGGAAGGGUAUAUAAUCUGUGAAGAGUACAAAGAAGUGCUUGUUGCAGCCUGGGAGAAUGAAGAAUCAGAAAGGGAAAAGAGGGAAAAAGAGAAGCGGGAGAAGAGAGUGCUGGGAAAUUGGAAACUGCUGGCGAAGGGACUUCUGAUCAAAGAGAGGCUAGAGAAGCGCUAUUCUACCAAGAAUGAGACAAGAGUCAUGGUGGAAAAGGGGUCUGGAUUCUCAUCCGAUGAUGAAGAAGGACCAAACUCAGAGACACCUGCUGGAGAUAUGGCUGUUUCUUGGCCCCAAAAUCGGCAAGCUGAGGAACAGAGUGAGAGAGGAAAAAGACUCAAAAAGAGCAAGAGAGAAAAGAAAGGAGAAGCAAAACAUUUGUUCCCAUUUGAGAAGUUGUGACAUGGAGUUUUGGGGCCGGUUUGGAUUCUUUGGAUUCAUGUCUUAGCGUGAACAAGCAAGCACUUUACGUUGCUCCAAUGUACGUUCACACUGAAUUUUUCCUGCCAGUAGGAGCAACUAAACAGUCAAGAAACCUCCAGCCAGUUUUUCUCAUAUUGCAUUCCUAGACAUACGCAGGGCUUGUGUUUGAAGCAAGAAAAAUGUUCUGGACCCAUUGCUGGCAUGCUUGCCAUACCUGUCAGUGGCACCUUAAAGAAGCUGUACUAGAAUCAUGAUAGGCACAGCUUUUUUAAGGUGCUGCUGGUAGGUACAGCAAACACAUCCAUGUUGGAGCAAAGUACCUUUCAGUGUCAGAUCUCAACACCUGCAAAUGGAUUCCUUUUCUUGGAAACUUUGCAUCAUUAAUAAGCUAGACUCAUGAGCUUCAGGGAAGUCUUAUGAAAGGAACACGUAUGUGUACUCACACACAUGCUGCAAUAGAAAGGUUGGGCUCAAGUUGUAUUUUUUUCCCCCCUAUAUAUAUAUAAAACUUCUAAUGGGAAUAAAUGAAAGUUGUAGACAUUUCCUAUACAUUCCUUCAUCUUUAGAAAAGAAACCAGUGUGAAGUAUUGGUUCACAUUGCUAGUACUAUAAAUGAGUAUAGGACAUUUGAGGAGUAGAUAUAUAGUUUCUAGCUGAGCUGGAUUUAUUCCUUUCUCCUUUUCCUCUUCUGUCCUCACAGGAAACUCUCAUGAGUCUUAGCAUUUUGUGUAUUGAUCAUGGGACAGAUCCCAAUUUUAGACAUUGCGAAUGAUGCAGUCUGAGUGGGACUUAUUAGAAAAAUGGCUUACGGUCUGCCACCACAUGUUCAAACAUAACUCAAUUGCCUAGUGUGCUAUUUUGAAUGUUUUACCAAUGUACACUUUUUUGUGCAAAAGAAAUGUUAAGUAUAGCAGCUGUCUUACUCAAAGCUAUUUUAGAAGUGCAUUGGCUGGUUUAGAUUUUGGCAUGAGAAACUCCAUCCAUUUGACCUGACCAGAGCUAGUUGGGCACUUUGCAUUUGUUCAGAGAAAAAAAAUUCUUUUAUACUGAACCCUGGGCAAAAAAUAAAAACUUGAAUUCUGAACACCAGUCUUUUUCUUUUCCUAAGACUGCCAUUUGCACAUUUAGACACUGAACACUUAUUUGAUUCACACAUCACACGAGCAAUUUAGAUGAUCUUCUCUUGGAAAAGGAGUAUACUAUACUAGCCUUCCACAGUCUCCCUACAAGCCAAAGACUCCCUGAAAUAACAUGAUUUUAAAGACCUUUCAGAAUAUGUGGAUGGUCAGGCCAGGAGCAUGUUCCACAACGUGGAGGCUACUAUUGACAAGACCUGCCUUGGGGCCCUGUACUGCCUUUACCUUAUGUGCAGAGGGAAUCUUGACAGGCCCGCUCAGUGUCUGAAUUAUGCUUGGUCAGGUUGUCCGAGCCCAAGGCCUUGCUGUUAGGGCUUUUUAUGUAAUAAUCAGCACCUUUAGCUUUUUCUGGAGAAACACCAGAUGUGCAAUGGCAAUAUAUUGACUUUAUUUCAAGCUGUUUUUUUUU